CAACACCUCCAUCAUUCAUCCUUCCUUCAAUCUUUCAUUCAGCCCACAGCUCCAUUUGUCAACAAUGAAGAGAGAGGGUCGCCAGCACGGGAUGGUCCGGACUUACCGGGUCCUACCCGACCCAUUGAACCCAAGACCAGAAACCCGACACGUGAACAGGUUUGAUUCACCUCCUACAGCCGGGUUGUUCACCAAGGUGGCCACCAAGCCUACCAACCACUCCAAGUUCACGGGUAAGUGCGGCAAGCCUAGGUGCACCGAGUGUCACAUCCACCCGGCUUCUAAGGCCAAGGACAAGACCAAAGGGAACCACAAGCUCAAGUCAUCCGACGUCUUAUCCAAUCAUCGUUUGGUCACUUGGCGGGUUGUGGACAGCCGGUCUAGCUCGAAUUUUUCCAGGUUUUCUGCCACGGGGAUUUUGGAUCAUCUGUCUACUAGAGAUUAUGAUAACAACGAUGAUGAUGAAGAAGAUGAUGAAAUCAAUGGUUACGCAAGUAGAGCCUAUGAUAAUAGAAAUGAUCAUCAUGUGAGGGUGGAUUUUGAUGAGGUUGAGGAAGAUGGUAAUUAUGAAGAGAUGGAUUUCUUUAAUGUGGAAUAUGUGAUUGAUCCAAUUGAGGAAGAUGAAGGUUGGUGUUUAGUGCCACAAACGUGAUUGUGGUUUGAAUAACGCGGAUUGAAGUCAACUUCUUUUCUUCUGCUUUGUAUUUUGAUGUACAAGUUAAUAAUGAUGAUGAUGAUAAUCUUAUUUCUCAAUAUUUGACAAUAUUCCUUCUUUGUCUUGGUCUGAUUUUAUUUUUGAGCACUUGUUGCGGAUUGUAACCCGUGAGUUCAUGUCUAAGGAAUAUUUGGGGCGAGGGUGCUUCAUCA